CAAUCGAGCACCAUUUGACGACCACGGCCAUCACACAGCUUUGCGGUGGCUCCAAACAUCCACUGCUCGGGACAAAUGUCGGCAAGUAACACCCUGCUUGCCAGCCUGAUGGCCGAUGAUCGCACUGGAGCGAUGAAGGCCUCAGCGAACCCGACAUGGGACGAACGUGUGGGCCUCACGUCUGAGCGUGCGGAAGGGUUGCUCGAAGAGUGGGGGCCGAACGAGAUUCCGACGCCCGAGACGCCUCUGUUGAAAAUCAUACUGAAGCAGUUCACUGGCACCAUGCCGCUCAUGCUCGAGUUGAGCUGCCUGUUGUCCGCCGUUGCCCAGGACUGGCCCGACUUCGGUGUCAUCGCCGCCAUGCUGAUCGUGAACGCCGCUCUCGGUUUUCGCGAGGAGAUGAAGGCAAAGCGCGCGCUAGACGACCUCACCAAGUCCAUGGAGUCUACCGUAACAUGCUUGCGCGACGGUGCGCCGACUGUCCUCGGGGUGACCAGACUGGUGCCAGGGGAUGUGAUCCACCUGCGUGGGGGUUCGAUGACGCCUGCAGACGUCGAGUGGCUGGAAGGCGACGUGCUCAGCGUGGACACGGCGGCCCUCACAGGCGAGCCGAUCCCCCGCAAGUACCCGUCCGACGAGUACGGCAAGAUGAUCCUCUCUGGGACCACGAUCAAGUCGGGCGAGAGUUACUGCAUAGUGCGGCAGACAGGCGUCCGAACGGAGAUCGGCCAGGGCCAGGCCGACAUCCUGGCCGAUCGUGCGCAGGCGAGUGUGUCGGUUUUCGAGCAGAGGAUCAUGGUCGUGGUGAACGUCAUCAUCGCCCUGGCCGUCCUCGACGCCAUCUGUCUAGUUCUCGUCCAGGGGUUCGCUCGCGAUGGGUUCCGUCCAGACGAGCGCAACAAGACGCUGCUCACAGCCCUGUCCGUCUUGAUUGCCGCGGUGCCUGUUGCGUUGCCGCUCGUGCUGCAGGUGACCAUGGCGAUAGGCGCUUACCGCAUGGCCACCCGCCACAAUGCCAUCGUGACGCGCAUGUCCGCGUUGCAGGACAUCGCGUCCAUGGACGUGCUCUGCUCCGACAAGACCGGCACGCUGACUACCGCAAUGAUGAGCAUCAACCUGGAUCUGAUAUGGCCAGCGUCCGAUGCGGGUUUCCAGGUGCUCGGCUCGCUGAGCGACCACCCUGGAUUUUCCAAGACCUCCGAGCGGAGGACGCAGCAGGCGCUGCUGCUCAUGGCGCUGCUCAGCGCCAACAAGGACAAGCGGGACGAUGCCAUCGACGGCGCUGUGCUCCGCGCGUUUGACGCGAUGAAGGAAACGUGGGGCGGCGAGCUGGCGGCCGCCGAGGCCGCGUACGAGCAGCUCGAGCUUACCGGGUUCAAUCCUGAGGUGAAGCGCACCGUUGCUCGUGUCAGGUGCCGCUCGGACGGGCGGGUGAUCGUGGUGGCGAAGGGGCUCGCCACGAAGGUGCUGGACACCGCGGCGGGCGGCACCGACGACGGGGCGCUCCAGUGGCGCUGCGCGGAGCUGGACGACCCGAACAGGCCAGACUUCGGCGCGGCGGUGGGCAGGAGGGACGAGGAGCUCUCGGCGAUGGGCUACAAGACCCUGGCCGUGGCCAUCGGCGUCGAGGGCGGCGACAUGCACUUCCUGGGCCUGCUCCCGAUGAUCGACCCUCCGCGCGCCGACACGGCCACCACCGUGGGCCGCCUGCUGGAUGCUGGGGUCGAGGUGAAGAUGAUCACGGGGGACCACCUGAACAUUGCGAAGGAGACCGCCCGCUUGGUGGGCAUGGACACCAACAUCCUGCCCGGCGAGACGACCCGGGACGGGUCCCGCACCCACGAUGAGCUCAUCCGCAGCGCGGGCGGCUUCGCCCAGGUCCUGCCGCGGGACAAGCGCGAGUGCGUGCUCUCGCUGCAGCGCUCCUACGGCCUCGUGGUGGGCAUGACCGGGGAUGGCGUGAACGACGCGCCCGCGCUGUCGGCCGCGCAGUGCGGCAUCGCCGUGGACGACGCCACCGACGCGGCGAAGGCCGCAGCCUCCAUGAUACUGACCGCCGAGGGGCUCAGCGCCGUCUUCGGCGCCGUGGUGGAGUCGCGGAAGAUCUUUGCACGGCUCUUCUCGUACGUGUCCUACCGGUUGGCAGCGACGAUCCAGAUCCUGCUGUUCCUCAGCGUCCUCGUCUACGCGUUCGAUUGCAGCCUGAGCCCGCUGUACGUCAUCCUGCUAGCGCUCUUCAACGACAUCACGAUGAUUCCCGUCGCCGAGGACAGGCAGGUGGCGUCGGCGGAACCGCAGCACGCGUCGGUCGCCAACCUCGUCGGCUUCUCGGCCACCUUGGGGCUCGCCCAGUCCCUCGCCUCCAUGACCUUCUACCUGAUGAUGGACAAGGGGCUCGUGCAGGGCCUGGGCUCCGAAGCCGGCUACCCCCGGGGGGUGCACGCGCAGAACGCGAUCUGGCUGCAGGUGUCGAUCGCCGCCGAGCUGCUCAUCUUCGCCGCACGGGCCCCGGGCCUCUUCUUCUUCAGCCGGCCCUCCACCGAGCUGCUGCUGUCCACCAUUCGGGGGAGCGUAAGACCCGGGUUUGCCAGGACUCGGGUUCGCCAUCGUUUUUUGACGACCGCGACUCGGAUUUUGACGAGGAGGAGUUUCGUGGGAUGUCUGCAGCGGGAGGCCUCGUCAAAAUGCAGGCUCGGCCUCGUCAUUUUUUUGACGACCUCGUCGGGGAUUUCCGAGUCCCCCGUACCCGGGUCUUACGUCUCCCCGAACCAUGCUGGGCAACGCCGUCUGCACGGUGCUCGCCGUCUGCGCCUUCGCCGAGCCCCUGGGCUGGCAGGAGGCGAGCACCAUCUGGGCGUUCGACGUCGCGGCGCUGUUCGCGGUGGUCGGCUGCGCCCGGGAAUGAUCGAGGGGAAGGGGCUUCCUUUCGACUCAAUUACUCACCACCCACCAAACCACCCCAACCCAACCCGAAGGCUUAGAUUUAUCCUCGAUUUCCAGUGGGGGGGGGUCGUGGAACAUCGAGAAAACACGUAUGGAACCCGUACCCCCCCCAACCUGAAAUUCGGGUCUUCGGGUUGGGUUGGGGUGGUCUGGUAG